AUGAUUAUUAUAUUACUUAUAAGUAAAAAUAAACGUUUUGAUGCAACACGUAAAUUUUUAAUUAAUUUAUCUAUUAUUGAUAUACAAUUUGCUUUAUAUAUUAUGCCUAUCUCUAUUAUAUAUUUAAUAUUAAAAAUGAAUUGGUUAUCUUAUUAUAUGAUAUGUUAUUUAUGGAUUAUUAUAGAUAUCUAUUUUUGUACAACGAAUAUGUUUAAUUUAGUAAUUAUAGCAUUUGAUAGAAUGUUAGCUAUUAAUUAUGCUGUAAAAUAUAAUCAAAUUAUGUCACCAACACGUGUACGUUUAUUAUUAUUAUUAAUAUGGUUAUUAGCAUUAUUCAUUAUAUUACCAUUGAUUGUUUAUAUAAUUUGGUAUCAAUUAAAUAUAUCAUCUAUCAAAAAACAAAAUAUGGAUUUGACAAAUUCUUUAGAUCUUAAUCAUAAUGAUGAUUCUAAUGAUUCUAUACAAUAUAAAUGUAGUUUAAUCCAUGUAAGUAUAUAUAUACGUUUAUUUAUAUCCAUUUGUUCAAUGUAUAUACCAACUUGUUUAAUGUGUUAUUUUUAUUUUCAUGUAUUCUCUAAAGUGAUUAUAAAUAAACGUGGUAUUUCAAUUGGUUUAUUAAUUGAUAAUAAUAAUGAUUAUUAUAGACAAUCAAAGAAAAAAUUCACAUCAUCUAAUGAUCAUAUCAAUAAAAUCGAUUUCAAUCAAACUGAUAAUAAUAAUCAUAAUACUAUGGAUAAUAAUAAACGGAAUAAAUGUAAAAUCGAUAAAACCCUUAAUUAUAAAAAUAUAAAUAAUCAUUCAAAAUAUGGUUUAUUAAGAGUACAUGUUGGUGGAAAACAAUUACUAUGUGGUAAUAAUACAUUUAUAAAUCAUAAAUGUAAUAGUACUACAAAUAUUAACAGUAUUCAUAAUAAUAAUAAUAAUAAUGGUAAUAUUUCACAACAUGUAAAGUUAAUCAAUAAUGACACUAAUGAUUCAACUAUAAUGAUCAAUACAUUACCCGAUAAUUCAACAAUACAAAAUCAAGAUGAUUCAUAUGAUCAACUAAGAUCUACAACAACAACAGCAUCAUCAACGAAAGACCCUCAACAACAACAAGAACAACACUCAUCGUUAACAACGGAAUUUAUAACAUCAAAUAUAUUAAUGAAAUCUCAUUAUACUGUAUCAAAUGAAAAAUCCAAUGAUUCAAAUUCAAUCAAUUUAAUGAAACCUAUGGAUAAACUAGAAAAUAGUAAUAAUAAUAAUAUAAUGAAAAAACACUCAAAUUCAUUAUCUGAAGUAUUCUUAAAAGUAAAUAGGAAUAAAUUGAAUGAUAAUAAUAAUGAUAAUAAUAAUCAAUCGAUUAGUCAACAACCUCAUUCAUCCUCACCACCACCACCACCACCACCACAACAACAACAACAAAAUUUCAAAGAAAAACUUACCAAUAUAUUACGUAAACAUUCAUUUCAUACAUUAUCACCAUAUACAUAUAUAAAACCAUUAGAAUUAUCUCAAUCAAGACGUUCUACUGGUAGAACUGAUAAACAUGAUAAAUGUAAUGAUAUUAUAACAUUAAGACGUUGUGCAUUAAUGCCAUUAAAUCAUAAUACACCCUAUUCAUCAAUCAACAAUGAAUAUAUGAUACGUUCGAAUAGAAAUUCAGAAAAUUUAUCAAAUCUAUCUACAACAUUGAUAACACCAAGAAAUAGUAAUCAAUUAGAUAAAUCAAUAAUUAUCAAUGAUCCAUCAUCACCCUCAACAACAACAACAGCAACAACAACAACAACACCUAAUUAUCAUUAUAAUAUUAAAAUGAAACAUUUAAUUGAAUUAAAAGCAAUCUUUAUGUUUCUAAUUAAUAUUAGUUCCAUUAUAUUCUGUUGGUUACCCUAUUACACUUUAAUCUUAUUUCAUGAUAUUUUACCUAAUUUAUGUAUUACAUUUACUAUUUAUCAUUUUUUUUAUUGGUUAAGAUUUCUAUGUAUAGCAUUCAAUCCAAUUAUCUAUGGUUCAGCAUCAGAAGAUUUACGUAAAGCAUUUAAACGUUUUAUAUUACAUUGUGGUAAAAUAAAACAUGAGAAAAAAGCAUUAAAACGUUUAGUAUUAGCUGGUUUAGGUGCAGCUGGUAUACCAUACGGGCAUAGAAUAAUAAUACCACAACAAAUGAAAUCAACAGAUUUUAAUGAUCAACAAUAUAAUAAAUCAGUUCUAUUUAAUAAACCAUUAAUGGUAAUAGCUGAUAUUGAAGAAAAGAUUUAACUAUCUAUCUAUCUAUCUAUCUAUCUAUCUAUCUAUCUAUCUAUCUAUCUAUCUAUCUAUCUAUCUAUCUAUCUAUCUAUCUAUCUAUCUAUCUAUCUAUCUAUCUAUCUAUCUAUCUAUCUAUCUAUCUAUCUAUCUAUCUAUCUAUCUAUCCACACAUCUAUCUAUCUAUCUAUCUAUCUAUCUAUCUAUCUAUCUAUCCACACAUCUAUCUAUCUAUCUAUAUGUAUAUUCAAAGUAUUUCACCUGUGAUUUUGACGUGAAUAAAUACAUGUUUAUCAUUUCAGUCUUGUUCUCAGAUGUUUCAUGUUGUAUAAAUAUAGAUAUUUCUAAAUAGAAAA